AUGAAUGGAACUGAUAUCCUUCGUUUUUUGCAAUCUUCCCCCACCAUUAGUUACAGCAAACAUUUUAUACUUAUAACAGCAUGCCCUCUGUUUGUAUUAGGACUAUUAUUGUUAGGUCUUAGAACAGCAAUGUUCAAACAAGUAAGAGGUAAAACGACAACAAGUAGAAAUAGAGGUGUCAUUGCGGCAAAGUUAUUAGUUGCAUGGUAUCUUGCCACCAUAGUUAUGUAUAUUGCUAAAAGCGAAAUGUGGAAAUAUGCCUUUGCUGUUUCGCUACUUCUUAAUAGUUUGGCACUAUUUUUUUGA